AUGGACGAAGACUGUUCAGUGCUUCAAGAAGAGGAAAGAGAAGCCUUGCUUUCCAUUUAUGACGGCGAUGAAGCUUUUAAGCAAGUUUCUCCUACUGUUUAUCAAUACAAGUAUGGAGAAGAUAGUGACAAUAAAUCCUUUCUAUUGGAGGUUGAAUGGCACAACAAUUAUCCAAAUGAAGCACCUAAAAUAAAUUUAGAUAUGUUCUACAAUAAACACAUAGUAAGUUCAGUUAAAGAAAUUAUUAAGGAUAAAAUUUCAAAAGAGGCUGAUCAUUAUUUGGGAGAAUCUAUGACAUUCACUCUUUUUGAAUUUCUUAAAGAUUUUGCUGAGGAACUUGUAGCUAAUCAACCAGAUAAAGAAGUUACUGAAAGUAUAACUAAACUUUCGAUAGACGAUGAUGAAUCUACAAAAAAGACAACAAAGAAAGAAAUUAUGAGCAAAGCUCAAAAGAGAAAACAAUGGGAUCGUUUAGAUUCCAAAGGAGAAAAACCACGAGGAUAUGAUUGGAUAGAUGUUGUUAAACAUUUAUCACAAACGGGAUCAUCCAAGGUAGAAAUAUCUACGUAA